CUCACCCACUCACUCACCCACAACAACAACAACAACAACAACAACAACAACGACAGCUUCUUCUUUCCACAGCCCACCAUGACGUCGCCAAAUUCAUCCCCCCGCCCCCUCCCCUGCGGCAUCUACGCCCCCACCAUGACCUUCUUCGACCCCUCCACCGAGGACCUCGACCUCCCCGCCGUCCGCGCCCACGCCCAGCGCCUCGCCCGCGCCGGCCUCGCCGGCCUCGUCGUCAUGGGCUCCAACGGCGAGGCCGUCCACUGCUCCCGCGACGAGAAGCUCGCCGUCCUGCGCGCCACCCGCGCCGCCCUCGACGACGCCGGCUUCCCCCGCGUGCCCGUCCUCUUCGGCGCCUCGGAGCCCAGCGUCCGCGGCACCGUCGAGCUCUGCCGCCUCGCCGCCGAGGGGGGAGCCGCAGACGCCGUCCUGGCCUUGCCCCCUUCCUACUACCGCGCCCUCGUCGACGAAGAGACCGUCUUCGACUACUUCACCGCCGUCGCCGACGCCAGCCCCCUUCCCGUGAUCGUCUACAAUUACCCCGGCGCCGUUGCGGGCCUAGACCUCGACAGCGACCUUCUCGUCCGCCUCGCCCGCGCGCACCCCAACAUCCGCGGCACAAAGUUCACCUGCGGCAGCACCGGCAAGCUCACCCGCGUCGCCGCCACCCUCGACGCAAAGACCCCCCGCGGCUCCGGCUCCGGCUACAUGGCCUUUGGCGGCAUCUGCGACUUCACCCUCCAGACCCUCGUCAGCGGCGGCAGCGGCGUCAUCGCCGGCGGCGCAAACGUCAUGCCCAAGCUCUGCGUCCGCGUCUGGGACCUCGCCGCCCAGGGCAAGAGAGACGAGGCCGAGGCCCUGCAAAAGGUCCUCAGCCGCUGCGACUGGCCCCUGACCAAGGCCGCCAUCGCCGGCACCAAGCAGGCCCUCCAGCUCUACUACGGCUACGGCGGCUACCCCCGCCGCCCGCUCAAGAGGCUCGACGAGGCCGCCGUCGCCGCCAUCAAAGAGGGCAUCAAGGAGGCCAUGGACAUUGAGAACAGCUUGUAGAACUGCGCACCCUUGGGGACGAGACGUGCGUCGAGGUUGAGAUUGCGUUCGCAUAUAGAGACCUGCCUGUAAGCUCAGCCGGCCAUUCAAAAUGUCGUCUCACAUGAAGCCACAGAAUGGAAAGAAAACAAAAUAAAAACUCCAAAG